CAUUUUUGACGUAUUGUUGGCCUCUGCCGUGAGUUAUCCGUCAGUCUGCCAGCCGCCGCCGCCGCCGCCGAUCCCCAUCCAUCCUGCGAGGCGCGAGCGAGCAGGGCGCCGUCGUUCGUCAUGCUGCUUCCGCCGCAUCCUGAUAUUUAUACUCAUUGACGCUUGAUUGCCCAAGUUUGGUGGUAAACCUGAAAUCUGUUUACGAUGAAAGUGGAGGAGAAAAAAAGAUCUAUAACAGUUGCCCCCUUCGAGUGUGCUUGGGAUGAGGAGUUUCGGUUCAGGGAGACUGGUCGCGGGUGCAUCACCUUUGAGGCAUCUGCACACAAUGAUGUUACCCUGGUGUUCCGCGAACAACCUGGGAGCCAGCAUUAUCACUACAAAAUGGAUAACAGUCGUCACUACAUUGUGAUCUUGGGCAGCCAUAGGAACAAAAGAUUGAAAAUUGAAGUAGAUGGAAAGACUGUUGUUGAUGUUGCUGGCAUUGGCCUAUGUUGCUCCUCGUCUUUUCAGAGCUACUGGAUCAGCAUCUAUGAUGGACUGAUAAGCAUCGGGCAAGGAAGACAUCCAAAUAACAACAUCCUGUUCCAAUGGCUUGACCCUGAUCCCAACCGAAAUGUUCAGUAUGUGGGACUAUCCAGCUGGGACAAGCAUGUUGGAUACAGAAAUAUAAGUCUUAUGCCAUCAGCUCCUCAAAACAGCAUCCUUUGGAGCCAAAUUGAGUGUGCAUAUGUUGAGCCGGAUGGUGCUGGAGGGCAUACAAGAAAACAAGAAUCAAAAGAUGGCUUAGACCAAAGGGCACUUGCAAACUUUCUAGAGAACUGGGAUUUCUCAGAUUCUAUAUUUGUGGUUGGCAGCGAAAGAAAGGUUGUCCCAGCUCACAAAGUUGUCUUGGGUUCUUGUGGUGAUUUCCCUUUUAACCUGAUGAUGAGUCGACCAGCUAUUGAGCUUCCAUCUGUCUCCUACCCAGUUCUGCACUCCCUUCUUGAGUACAUCUACACAGGUUCUACGCAGAUUUCGGAAUGGCAACUGGUUUCACUGCUGGAGUUGAGUUCACAAUUUAAAGUUAAACCAUUGGUAAUGUAUUGUGAAGAAAUUAUUGGCUGUUUGAAGAUGAGUGAUGCAGUUUCUGAGUCUAGCAAAAAAAUACAGUUAUCAAGUGGUGGUUCUCAAGCUCAUCAAUUUUAUUAUUUCCCUUUCAAAGCUCCAUUAAAUACACAGAAAAUUGAACAGUUCCUUGUAAAUGGUGAGCACAGUGAUGUAAAUAUCUAUGUAAAUGGACAUGGUCUUGUUACUCAUGCUCACAAACUCAUCCUUAGCUUGUGGAGCAUGACAUUUGACAAGAUGUUCACAAAUGGAAUGAAAGAAAGCAGUGCUUCAAAUGUAUUUUUCGAAGAUGUUCCCGUCGAAGCAUUCUUUCUCCUCAUCCAAUUUAUGUACAGUGGGGAACUUAAGGUGGAUAUCGAGGAAAUCACACCAGUGUUGGUUGAGCUGCUCCUAUUGUCAGACCAGUUUGGGAUCACGGCUCUUCAGUUUGAAUGCUGUAAAAGAAUUAUGGAAUUCCUCUCAAAGGACACAGUAUGUUCAGUUCUACGAGCAGUUUCGUCAAUUCCAUCUUGUAAACUGCUUGAAGAAAUGUGCAAGAGGAAUUUUGCAGAACACUUUGAUUAUUGCACAACUGCUUGCACAGACUUUGUGUUGUUGGAUGAGGCAACAUUUAAGGAUAUUCUUCAGCAUGGGCAUAUGACUGUAACAUCAGAAGAGAGGGUUCUGGAUGCCAUAUUAACAUGGUGCAUGGAGGCUUGUGACUGUUUUAACUGGACCUCUGUGCACGAGCUCUUAAGCACUUCAAGACCAGAGAAACUCUUUGGAGGGAGGCUCACUGCCAUCAAUACUUUGCUACCAUUUGUGCGGUUCCCUUUAGUGCAACCAUCUGUCCUUCACCUGAUGGAGAAAAGUAAUCUAGCAAAAAACAUAGAAGCGUUCAGACAGUUGGUUGCAGAAGCCAUUGAGUUCUCUAAUGCGGGACUACGGAUGGCAACAAAUACAUGUGAGAGAUUUCAUCAUAGACGCUCCAGCUAUAAAGAGCUUCAGUAUAUUUCGGAUGGUGAUAACAAUGGUGUUAUCUACUAUGCCGGUACAUCAUUUGGUAAACACCAAUGGAUCAACCCUGUUUUAGCCAAGAAUAUUACAGUGACAGCGAGCAGCCCAAAUUCCAGGUACACGGAUCCAAAGGCUUUGGUUUCAAAAAAUUACCAGGCGACUUGUUUUGCUGGGCCUCGUCUUGAAGAUGGCAAGAUGUGUUCUUGGUGGAUGGUAGACAUUGGACCGGAUCACCAGCUUAUGUGCAACUACUACACGGUGAGGCAGGAUGGCUCCGCGACCUUCAUGAGGUCGUGGGUUCUUCAGGGAUCAAUGGACGGCCGUAGCUGGACUAGCCUGCAUGUCCACGAAGACGACCAGACCAUCUGCCAGCCUGGCCAGUUCGCGUCGUGGCCGAUCACCGGCCAGACGGCGUUGCUGCCGUUUCGGUUCUUCCGGGUCAUGCUGACGGCCCCGGCGACCGGCGUCUCCAACACCUGGAAUCUCUGCAUCUGCUUCCUCGAGCUCUAUGGCUACUUCCGGUGAUUGGGACAGCUUUGCUGCACACCCCUGAGAAGAGAUCGGCAGUGAGCAAUGAUCUAGCUAGGUGGCUCUGUAAUCCGGUGUGUUCAUAUCUGCACUAGUAAAGAACUUUUCGUUUUAGUUUGCUUUGGUCACUUUGGUUUUUUUUUUCUUUGCGGUAUAAUUACCAUAGAAAAAGUGAAUAAUGCUUAUACGUCCUUGUAAUACACAUGUGUCAUCUGUAAGUUGGUACAAAACCGUGAUUACACGAGGAAUGCUUGGACGAA